UCCAUAUCGACACGCUCAUCAUCGGCUCUCUAAGGCUACUAAGGCUCGAUAGCAGUUAUUCGCUUUCAAUCUGACUUGGGCGGCAUUUAACAUGAUGUGGUUCUUGUUGCUCCUGUUGUGGCUGGGAGAGACCGGAGCAGAAGAGUUCGUCGAUGCUCCAGAGGUCGGCCACACGUUUCGGGUUCUUCAACAAUCGCCGAAGAUCCAUACUGCGCAGCCACUGGACGCACUCGGUAAUGCCUCUGGCGGUAAACCACUGAGGUUCUCAGAAUUGGAGCAGAUCAUGGCUCUUAUCGGCUUUCGAGAAACACGCCGUGAGGAAAACAGCAGCCAUGACAGCAGCGUGAGAAGCUCCGUGGCAGCGCCCAACGCACUCUUGCGCGACAGUCGUGGCGGAACUGCAGGAAAUGGAACUUCCACUGGGCAUACGCUUUCACGGUUCGGGUUUCUGGCGGAGGUGGGCGUUGUAUCACUCUUCGUGGGCGCAGUCAUGGUCCUUCUAGGGUGUGUGGCUGUAUCUGUCUUCAAGGACACAUGUAGACGACUUUUGCCAUCGGUCACUCGAAUCCUGAUGAGCGGCAGCGACGAUACUACGGAUCUUCUCAACGGCAGCAUAAUCGCUUCCACGUUGCGGUCUUCGAACGACAAAGGAGAAAUCGAGAAGAUGAGGAAAAAGCGCCUCCAGCGCGGCCCAUUUACGAUGAUGCGAAAUCUUGAUUCAAAUAAUAGGCUAGUCUAGUUUGUGGAUUAGUGCACAUAAAUACCGACUGUACCUGUA